AUGGAGCGCAAGCGGGAGCUCGUCGAUGCGGGCGACGCAGCGACGAAGCGGGUGCACCUCGACGUGGACUUAGGCGAGGAGGAUGAUGCGAGUCCAGACUAUCAGCGUCUCGAGUGCAGCGUGCUGCCCGUCGACGAGCCGGCGCUGCAGGCGGAGCUAGAGGCUGCGCGCGCCCAGCCACUCACAAUUGUGCCGGGCACUGCGUCGCCUGCACCUAUGGACGUACUGUCGGCGCGUUCCGCGCUGCUGGAGCGCGUGCUGACGCACCUCGCGAAGCAUUCGACGGCGGCGGUCGCGUCCGCGAACGACGCGACGCAGCUGCAGGAACGAUGCGCGGGCCUCGCGGGCGAGGUCAGCUCGCUGCAGCACUCGCUGCAGCAGGCUCAGGUGCAGUGGCAGACUUCGCAAGAGCGCGUCGAGCGUCUGCAAGAGCUACUUCGCGCGGCGGAGCGGCGUGUGGACCGGCUUCAGAGCGACAGCGUGCGCGAGGUGGAAGACCCGCAGGGCGCGCACGCGGCGGCUUCCGCGAAAGAGCCGUCUGGACCGUCUGCUGCAUCAGCAGGCACGGCACCGCCUGAGGCGGCGCACAAGGCCGAGUCGCCCGCGGCGGACGACAGCGCAGCUCGUGCCGACACAGCGGCGUCCGAGCUGGCCGCGGCGCGUGACGAGCUAACGACGCUGCGGGAGCUUGCGCACACACGCGAGCGGGCACUGACGGAUGUGCGGCAGGAGCUGCUCGAGGCACGGCAAGGUGCGGCGGCGCUGCAGCAGCAGCUGCAGUCGCUACCGGCCGAGCGCGUGCAAUCGCAUCCUGCGUACCAUGCGGUCCAAGCGGAGAUGGUGUUUUUGCAGCAGGAGGCGGCGCGACUGCGUGAGGCAGCGGCGGCGUCCGAGCGUGAGAACGCUGAGAUGCGCGAGUUCCGCAUUGAGUUUCAGCACCAGACGACGACGCAGGCUAAUACGCACAGUGACGAGUUGCAGAAGCAGAUCCGGCUGCGCGACGCGGAUGUUGUGCGCCUGCGGGGCCAGCGCGAUGACCUGAAUGCCGAGCUGCUUGAGCGGCGUGCGCGCGAGAAUGUCAAGUUUACACAGGUUGACGAGGCCAAGGCGCUCAUGGCGCGAAAAGAGGAGCAGGUGGCCGUGCUGCAGUCGCAGGCCACGAGACUCAAGACCGAGUUGGCCGCGCUGCGGGGCGAUGCGGCGUCGGUGCAGGCGUCCGGCGCUGCGCCUGUCCCCCCCCAGGCCGAUGCCGCGUCGCUGCGGCUGCAGCUGCAGGCGGCCAGCGCGUCGAGUGCGGCGCUGUGUGACGAGGUGGACCGGCUGAGCGCAGCGUACGAAGAGCUCGAGAAGCAGGCCGAGGUGCGCCUGGCGGGCCUUGCCAAACUGGAGGACAAGGUGCUGCGGCUUACGACGGAAAAGUCCAAGGCGGACAGCAAGUACUUUGCGGCGAUGCGUGCCAAGGACGCGCUCGAGGCGGAGAAGCGUGCCCUUGCGCGGAGCGCGGAGCGCCAGACCAAGGUCAUCGAGCGAUACAUGGACACAGAAAAGGGAUUGCAGGCGCAGCUCGUGCAGGCGGAAAAGGAGGUUAGUGCAUACCGGCGCAGUGUGCAGACACAUGCGAGCAAGCUGGCCGAGGCGGACCGCGAUGUGUCCGUGCUGCGGCGGCGGCUCUCCGAGGCGGAGCGUGCGCGAGCGGCGGCCGAGGGGAGCGUGGCGCAGCAUCUCGCGACGGCGAACGACGAGGCCGCUGCGCGGCAGCGCGCCGAGGAGAAGAUCUCGUCGCUCGAUCGCGAAGUGGCAAAGCUCCGGCGGCGAGCGGCCGAGUCGGCGGCUGCUGGGCCGCGGCGCAAAGGCUCUGAGAGUGAGACGCACCUCGAGUACCUCAACACGCUUUUGCGGUGCUCGGCGUGCAAGGAGCGGUACCGCGACCGGAUUAUUACGCGGUGCCUGCACACGUUUUUCCAGUAA